AUGGAUUCUAAUUGGAUGUUUAUCGGGGAUUGUAAUAGUUCAUCAAACCAAUAUUAUUCAUCCGUUGAACAUGAUAUAUGUCGGAAGAUAUCAAUAAAAGAAGUUAAUUCUGCCACCGACAAUCUUAAUGUUUCAAAUUUCAUUGGCCAAGGAAUAGCAGGAAAGGUGUACAAAGGCCGAUUGUCAAAUGGGCAACAUGUGGCCAUUAAACACAUAUUGAACGAUGGCCACAUGGAAACUUUUGUUCGCGAAGUGACAAGCCUUUCGCCUGUCAAACAUCCGAACCUAGUAGCUCUAGUUGGGUAUUGUGAGGGUGAAGAUGAAUGUUUCCUAGUCUAUGAGCUCUGCCAUAAUGGAAAUCUCUCCGAAUGGCUGUUUGGUAAGGAUAAGACUCUUACUUGGAUCCAAAGGCUUCAAAUUGCUAUUGAUUGUGCUAGAGGUUUAUGGUUUCUCCACACAUAUCCAGACGGUUGCAUAGUUCAUCGUGACAUUAAGCCAACAAACAUUCUUAUAUGCGAGGAUUUUCAUGGGAAGCUAUCGGAUUUUGGUUUGUCCAAAGUCCUCGAUAUGGGUCUUUCCUACGUGAGUUCAGAAGUUAGAGGGACGUUUGGAUACGUUGAUCCAGAGUAUCGAAAUAACCGACGUGUAAAUUCGUCUAGCGAUGUUUACAGUUUCGGAAUUGUAUUGUUACAAAUUAUAUCGGGGCAAAGGGUCAUCAAUAUGGAUCUGACCAGACCAAUGUCACUUGACAAAAAGGCAAGAUUCUUGACAAGGGGAGGAAAUCUGGUGGAUUUUGCUGAUGCUAAGUUAAAUGGAGAUUACUCAGUUGAGGCCUUUGAAAUUGUGAUGAAAUUGGCUUUAUCUUGUACAGGGCUAAAGCAGGAAAGGCCAGGGAUGGAACAAAUUGUGGGAAAGCUAGAGGAUACUCUUAACAUUUCCAUAAAGUUGUAA